UCCUGAUCAUUAUUAUAGUUAUCCUGAUAUAUAGGAACCGUAAGUUGUCCGCACGGAGGGAGAGAAAUGAGCGUUCAGAAUUCAGGUUUAAGUGGAAAGGAUUGGGAAGGAGGAUAAAGGAUCGUUUCCGUGGAGAAAGCAUGACGACACUGUCCCAAGAGGGCAAGAGCUGUCCCAGUACAGACAUUGUGAUGGUGGAGGAUGGAGGAUAUCUGGUUCCGAACGAUGUUCUUGGAACUGGUCAGACAAAGCCUGUCCAGAGUAAUAGUGGGACAGCGAGCGGAUUAGAAGCAUCAGAUAUGAAGGCUAUGCAGGAGUUUGAAUGUUCUAGAGCUUAUUUUAAUUGGGGUUCUGGUUUACAUCCACUGUGUCUUCACCUUCGGAACUAUCCUCCUCAGUUUCAUCAUCAUCGGAGGGAAGGGGUCCCUCCUGAAAAUGAUUAAUAUAUCAAUAUAUUAUAC